AUGGACGCUCAACCUCCUUCAACCGUCGGUUCUCGAAGGGGAGUACGGCUUCCCCCAAUCCAGACAGCAAACAGAAGCGUAACUGUUCGUGUUAAGCCGCCUCUCCCAGAGGAGCUUGAUAGUGAGGAAUCAGGGAAUCGUGUCCCUCUUCGUCCCAAACCGCACGGAUUCGCUAUUAGGAAAUGGUUUACAAGGUCAAAAUCACAACCGCAUAUACCAGGUAGAGAUCCUGCUUUGUCUGCCACGGUAGCUUCUGAAGAACACGGAAUCUUUGGCCAUUCACCUGGAGUAGCUUCACCACUCCAUAGCGUGAAUGCCACACCGAUAUCAGUCAAAUCAUCAACGCACUUCCCCAUUCCCAAUGACGAUGACAUUCUGGCCGCUACUAAAGAGCCUGGAGCUCUUUCAGCAUGGGAUCCUCCGCCUUUUUUCAUGGCGUAUCCCAAGGCUGUGAAACAUGCCACGCUACCGUGCCCUAUCCUAUCCACUGAUGAAAUAUUGCGUCGUAAGAUGCGUCGGGACCUAAAGGCCAGUAACGCUCGAGACAAGGCAAUGAAUGGUGAUAACAAUAUGGAUGGUUCUGGACCCAAGGGCGUCGUCAAAGCAAAAACAUGGAAGAAAGGGAAAAAAAUACACUCAAGAAACCAGUCUAGCUUCUCAUGCGGUCUGAAAUGGUCUCAGAAGAUCUUCAUAUUGGCGACAAGCGGGCAUCUACUUCAAUAUGGUAUCGAUGGAAGCUUUGAUCGACUCCCCGAAGAAGUGUUGGCCUUAGGGGCUGACUCCGUUGCAUUUGCAUGCGAUGCAAUUCCCGGAAGACACUGGGUAUUACAGAUAUCACAGACUCAAGAUGAUGUUGAACCAAGCUUAGAGCCCAAGAAGACAAUAUUAGACAGGUUUCGGCGCACGAGCAAUGCAGAGCCACAGAAAGCGACAAGCAGUUUCUUGCUUAUCCUGGAUAGCGCUGAAGAACUAACAUCCUGGCUUACAUUCGUUCGGCGCGCAAUACAAGUUCUUGGAGGAAAAGACUACCCCUCCGAGACCCUUGGAGCCACUCAGCUUCAGCCUUCGCCGAUGGUAUCUCAAACCGUCAAACAAGUCAUUCGGAAAGGCAGUGUGGAUCAGGCCUUGUCACUCCCACGGAGUGUAAGAGAUGACCAGAUAUCUGUACCCGGACUAACUAGACGAGAAAGCCGGAAGCACGUACAGCAACCAUCCGAGAUAUCCUCGCCAUCUUCGUUGGCAAGUGCUAUGGAACUAGACAACCUCAGACGCGAUUCGCGGCUGUCUUGUGUCUCUAUUGGAACUCGAACCAUGCCUAGUUCUCAAUCCUCGUCCUCGUCCGCCACGGUAAAGACCCCGAUCUCAAAGAGCCCAUGCCGGGAGUCGCCUAGAGCUGCACGCAGUCCCGCUCGGAUUGAAACCGCCGAUCUGGGCUUUAGAAGCAAGUCCUCUACCAAGGGCUGCGGCAAUUCAGAGGACUUUAUCAACGAGACACCACUGCCACCGCCCCGUGCCGAAAGCCGCCUUGUUUGCACUCCAAAUUUCAGCCACCCAAUUGUCAAUAAACGAAAUUCGAUAGCAAUGAGCCCCAAGACAAUAUCUUUCCCAGUUGAGAGUGGAGCAUGUCAAAGCCCUGUUUUGCAUAUAAUUCCUACUGCGGAGAUGCUCCACGGCUCCAAUAUCGACGAAAAAAUCAGCUCUGAUCAUGGAUCUCCUCCACGAAGGAGGGGAAGUACAAGCAGCGGUAUACUUGAUUCUGAGGGGGCUUACAGUACUGCCGGAACCGAUAGCAGCGAGACACAGGAGUUGGAUGAUGAUAUACCUUCGUUAACCCCUAUUUCACCCCUAAGACAUACCCAUCGAACUCGAAGGUACUCGUCCUCUGACGGCAUGCAAAGUUUCAAUCGGCCUAUCUCUGAAUAUCGGCCGGCUCUCUCUACUCUCAGUGACGAGCCGCUGGAUAUCUCUGGCCUGUCCCCGGGGUACAAUUCAACAAGCAACACACGCAGCCGCCCGAGGCCACAAAGUCUGGGGCCCAGGGCUUACAGUGAACCUAGAAUCAAGAUUUGCAGGAGUCCCCGUCACCCAAGCCCCAAUUCGGAGCCCAGUCAGGACUCAAUUGUACGCCAACGGUCUAAUACUGCGAAGUCAUCCAAUAGCAGGAGGUCAUCUUUGAACUCCCUCUCAAGUCGGAAAAGCAUGCCUCAGAUUCCACAUGGGCCUCCCCCAGCACCUCCUCCAACCUGCCCUCUGCCAGAAGUACCAUCACUUGCUAUCCCCGAGGCACUGCCUCAAUGCGAAUCUUCACGAUUGAGUAUUGGCGGCUGCCAAUGGCUACCACAGAAGGUCACCCAUUAG